GCGGCCGCUGGCCCGGCGGUGUCAUGGCGGCGGGCGUCGAGUUGGCAGGACGAUCCCUCAGGGCUGGGGAGGGUCCCUGAGACGCCGGGAGAGCCCCCCCCCCUUCCCCAGCUCGCACGGCGGGGAGCCGAGGGGAUGAGAGGAAGCCCCGCGAGGGCGUCUCCGUCACUGGCGGCGACCCUCUGGUGAAGCCCCCGCACCUCACACCCGCCGAGCCCGGCCGGGGCUCCGCGUUAUUCCUCCUGGUUGUUUGUUUGUUGUUGUUUUUCCGGGCAGAACCCGGCCGUUGCUAGGGGCUCGGAAUUCGGCCCUGGAACCCCGAGCGCUGCCCAGGCUCGCCCGCCGCGGCCCGGGGACCUCGGGCGAGGACGUCCGACGAGGCGGAGCGGGCCGGGCCGCCCUCCACAGCCGCCGCGGCGAUGUCGUCCUGGCUCGGGGGCCUGGGCUCGGGCCUGGGCCAGUCCCUGGGUCAGGUCGGGGGCAGCCUGGCCAACCUCACGGGCCAGAUCUCGAACUUCACCAAGGACAUGCUCAUGGAGGGGACGGAGGAGUUGGAAGACUUACCUAAUUCUGGGAGAAGGGAAAUUGAAGCCAUUCAUGCAAUUUUAAGAUCAGAGAAUGAAAGACUUAAAAAACUUUGUACUGAUUUGGAAGAAAAGCAUGAAGCCUCAGAGCUUCAAAUAAAGCAACAGUCUACAAGUUACCGAAGUCAGCUACAACAGAAAGAGGUAGAAAUCAGCCACCUUAAAGCAAGACAGAUUGCACUACAGGAUCAGUUGCAGAAACUGCAGACGGCUGCUCAGUCGGUGCAUUCAGGAGCUGGCAGUGUAACAGCAACUACCGCGUCAUCUUCAUUUGGCUAUGGGAUCAGUCAUCAUGCUUCUGCAUUUCAUGAUGAUGGCAUGGACUUCAGUGAUAUAAUUUCAUCACAACAAGAAAUAAACAGAUUGUCAAAUGAAGUUUCCAGACUUGAAUCUGAAGUUGGCCAUUGGAAGCAUAUUGCUCAGGCACAAGGAACACAUAGUUCUGAUCAAAGUGAAAUCUGCAGGCUGCAAAAUGUUAUUAAGGAACUUAAACAGAAUCUGAGUCAGGAAAUUGAUGACCAUCAACAUGAAAUGUCAGUACUGCAGAAUGCUCAUCAACAGAAACUGACAGAGAUAAGUCGUCGGCAUCGAGGGGAGUUAAGUGAAUAUGAAGAACGAAUUGAAGAACUUGAAAACCUAUUACAUCAAGGUGGCUCUGGAGUUACCUCAGCUGACCACUCCAAAGUCUACAAAAUGCAAAAAUCUAUUCAAGUUCUACAAACUGAAAAAGUAGAAUCUACAAAAAAAAUCGAAGAGCUUGAGGAUAAAAUAAAAGACAUAACUAAAAAAUUAACUUCUGCAGAAAAUGACAGAGAGAUCUUGAAGCAAGAACAAGAACAGUUAAAUGAGGAAAAGAGACAAAUAAUUGAACAGUGUGAAAGCUUGAAGCUGGAAUGUAGCAAACUGCAGACUUGUGCUCUGAGGCAGAGUGACACUGUGAUGGAGGAGAGCAUCCUUCCACCGAGUGCCUCAGUGCAAGAAGUGCGCAGACUACAACAAGCGCUGUCGGAUGCUGAAAGUGAAAUAAUGAGACUAAAUAGUUUAACCCAGGAAUCGAAUCUUGCUGAAGACAAUCUGAAACUUAAAAUGCAUGUCCAAAUGUUAGAAAAAGAGAAGUCACUAUUGAGUCAAGAAAAGGAAGAACUUCAGGUAACACUUUCAAAGUUGAAAGAUGAAUAUGAAGUUAUUAAAAGUACAGCUUCAAGAGAUAUGAAUUUGGAUUCAGAAUUGUAUGAGUUAAGACUUAACUUGGAGGCAAAGCAACAAGAGCUAAAUCAAAGUAUUAAUGAAAAGGAAACACUGAUGGCUGAAUUAGAAGAAUUGGACAAGCAGAACCAAGAAGCUACAGAGCACGUGAUUUUGAUAAAAGAUCAGCUAUCAAAACAGCAAAGUGAAGGAGACAAUAUUAUCAGGAAAUUGAAACAAGAUCUAGAUGAUGAAAAUAAGAGAAUCCAUCUACUUGAAGAGGAUAAAAUGAGCAUUACUAAAGAGCUAGAUGCACAGAAAGAAAAGUUAGCCCAUAGUGAACUGAUCCUAAAUGAUUUACGUUUAACCAAGCAAAAGCUUGAAAAUCAAGUAGAAGAUUUAAUAGAUCAACUAAGUAAAUCACAGGAAAAUAAUAUAAGCAUUCAGAAGGAGAACCUUGAGCUUAAGGAAAACAUUAGACAAAAUGAAGAGGAACUGUCCCGAGUCAGGAAUGAGUUAACUCUUAAUCAAGAUUCUAACAGUAAUUUUAAGGAUGACUUACUUGAAGAAAGGGAAGCCAAAAUUAGAAGCUUAAAGCAAAAUCUUAUGGAAGUAGAACAGCUCAAUGAAAAUUUAAAGGAAGUUUCUUUUGAACUCAAAACGGAAAAUGAAAAGUUGGUUUUAGCAUGUGAGAACAUAAGACAUCAGUUGGAAGAAUCUAUUGCUCAUAACAAACAGAUUUCUUUGGAAAAAAGCACUAUUGCAGAAACUCUGCAAAGGGAAAAAGGACAGGUAGAAGCAGAAUUGUGUCAGGCAGAAAAGAGGUUGCUGGAAGAGUCAAGCAAGUAUAAGCAAACCAUUGAGGAACUGUCAAAUGCACGGAAUUUGGACACCUCUACCUUACAGCUGGAACGUGAGCUAAAAAUUAAACUCACUCAAGAGAAAAACUCUGAAAUAGAAAGACUCCAGAAGAAUAUUGAGCAGUUGGAGACCGAUCAUAAAGAAACAAAGGAAAUUUUGUCUUCUAAUUUAGAAGACCAGAAACAACUAGCACAACUUUUAAAUGAGAAAGAAAUUUUUAUUAAAAAACUUAAAGAAAAAAAUUCAGAACUGCAAGAAGAAUUAGAUAAAUGUUCUCAAACCUUAAGAAAAAAUGAAACUUUAAGGCAGGCCCUAGAGGAGAAGGACAGAAAUCUUGGGUCCAUGAAAGAAGAAAAUAAUCAUUUACAAGAAGAGCUGGAACGGCUCAGGGAACAGCACAGUCGAGCCGUGCCUGCGGCUGAUCAGAGAACCCUUGAUAGUACCACAGAGCUAGAAUCUGAAGUGUCACAACUAAAUAUAAUCAAGGAUCAUCUUGAAGAGGAAAUCAAGCAUCAUCAGAAAAUAAUUGAAGACCAAAACCAGAGUAAGAUGCAACUACUUCAGUCUUUACAGGAGCAGAAGAAGGAAAUGGAUGAGUUUAAAUACCAGCAUGAACAAAUGGCCAUCACACAUACUCAGCUUUGUUUAGAGAAAGAUGAGGAAAUUAAGAAUUUACAAAAAACAAUUGAACAAAUAAAAGCUCAGUUGCAUGAAGAAAGACAAGACAUUCAAACAGAGAAUUCUGAUAUUUUUCAAAAAACAAAAGUUCAAAGCCUUAAUAUAGAAAAUGGAAGUGAAAAGCAUGAUUUAUCUAAAGCAGAAACGGAAAAAUUAGUAAAAGGACUGGAAGAAAGAGAACUGCAGAUUAAACUUCUAAAUGAAAAGAAUAUAUCUUUAACUAAACAGAUUGACCAGCUGUCCAAAGAUGAGGUGGGUAAACUCACUCAGAUUAUCCAGCAGAAGGACUCGGAGAUACAAGCGCUUCACGCCAGGAUUUCUUCCACUUCCCACACCCAGGAUGUUGCUUACCUCCAGCAGCAGGUGCAGGCCUACACAAUGGAAAGAGAACAGGUCUUCGCUGUGUUGAAUGAGAAAACAAGGGAAAAUAGCAAUUUAAAAACAGAGUAUCACAAAAUCAUGGAUAUAGUUGCCGCCAAAGAAGCAGCCCUCACUAAGCUGCAAGAAGAGAAUAAAAAAUUGUCUGCUCGAUUUGAAAGUAGUGGUCAAGAUAUGUUUAGAGAAACGGUUCAGAAUUUAUCACGUAUCAUUCGAGAAAAAGACAUUGAAAUAGAUGCACUAAGUCAGAAAUGUCAGACGUUAUUGGCAGUUUUACAGACUUCCACCCCUGGUAAUGAGGUUGGAAGUGUUAAUAGCAAUCAAUUUGAGGAGCUCCUACAGGAACGCGAUAAGUUAAAGCAACAAGUAAAGAAAAUGGAAGAGUGGAAACAACAGGUUAUGACCACCGUCCAAAACAUGCAGCACGAGUCAGCUCAGCUUCAGGAAGAACUUCACCAGCUUCAGGCCCAAGUUUUGGUUGACAGUGAUAAUAAUUCUAAGCUGCAAGUGGAUUACACGGGCCUGAUCCAAAGUUACGAGCAGAAUGAAACCAAACUCAAAAACUUUGGCCAGGAAUUAGCCAAUGUGCAGCACCACAUGGGGCAGCUUUGCAAUACCAAGGAUCUUCUUUUAGGAAAGCUUGACAUUAUGUCACCCCGGCUCUCUUCCGGCUCCCCGCGUACCUCGCAGUCACCAGAGUCUCUUGAAUCAGGUAAGUCUGCUGGAUCAAGUGAGUCUUCUCAGUUGCUUCAACAAGAGAUUGAAGAGUUGAGAAAGUCACUGCAGGAAAAAGAUUCCAUGAUUAGAACUCUCCAAGAAAAUAAUCACAGGUUGUCUGAUUCCAUGGCUGUCUCCUCAGAGCUGGAGCGGAAAGAACAUGAACAAACUGAGUCAGAAAUUAAGCAGUUGAGGGAGAAACAAGAUGUGUUACAAAACUUACUGAAGGAAAAAGACCUCUUAAUCAAAGUCAAAAGUGAUCAGUUACUUUCUUCAAAUGAAAAUUUUACUAACAAAGUGAAUGAAAAUGAACUUUUGAAACAAGCAGUCACAAACCUGAAAGAAAGAGCAUUAAUUUUAGAAAUGGAUAUUUCUAAACUAAAGGGGGAAAAUGAAAAAAUAGUAGAAACAUCCAGGGGAAAGGAAACAGAGUAUCAAGCAUUACAAGAGACUAACAUGAAGUUUUCUAUGAUGCUGCGAGAAAAAGAGUUGGAGUGCAAUUCAAUGAAGGAGAAGGCCCUUGCUUUUGAGCAGUUACUGAAAGAAAAGGAACAGGGCAAGACUGGGGAGUUGAAUCAGCUUUUAAAUACAGUUAAAUCAAUGCAGGAGAAGACAAUUACAUUUCAGCAGGAAAGAGACCAAGUCACAUUGGCCCUGAAGCAGAAACAAAUGGAAAACAGCACCCUCCAGAAUGAGGUUCAGCACUUACGAGACAAAGAAUUACGAUUAAACCAGGAGCUACAGAGAUUACGUAACCAUCUUUUAGAAUCAGAAGAUUCUUAUACCCGGGAAGCUCUGGCUGCAGAAGAUAGAGAGGCUAAACUGAGAAAGAAAGUCACAGCUUUGGAGGAAAAGCUAGUCUCAUCCUCUAAUGCAAUGGAAAAUGCAAGUCAUCAGGCCAACGUGCAGGUAGAGUCCUUGCAAGAACAGUUGAACAUGGUCUCCAAGCAAAGGGAUGAAACUGCAUUACAGCUUUCUGUCUCUCGGGAACAAGUAAAGCAGUAUGCUACAUCAUUAGCCAAUCUGCAGAUGGUCCUAGAACACUUCCAACAAGAGGAAAAAGCUAUGUAUUCUGCUGAAUUAGAAAAGCAAAAACAGCUUAUAACUGAAUGGAAAAAGAAGGCAGAAAAUCUGGAAGGAAAAGUGUUAUCAUUGCAGGAACGUUUGGAUGAAGCAAAUGCUGCACUGGAUUCAGCAUCAAGACUUACAGAGCAGUUAGAUAUAAAGGAAGAGCAACUUGAAGAACUUAAAAAACAAAAUGAGCUUCGACAAGAAAUGCUGGAUGAUGCACAAAAGAAAUUGAUGAAUUUAGUAAACAGUACAGAAGGAAAAGUGGACAAAACCCUCAUGAGAAACCUCUUCAUUGGUCAUUUCCACACACCAAAAACUAAGCGCCAUGAAGUAUUACGAUUGAUGGGAAGCAUACUAGGUGUUAAAAAAGAAGAAAUGGAACAGUUGUUCAGUGAAGACCAAGGAGGUGUUACUAGGUGGAUGACGGGAUGGCUUGGAGGAGGAUCAAAAAGUGUUCCCAACACACCUUUGAGACCAAAUCAGCAAUCUGUGCUUAAUAGUUCUUUUUCAGAACUUUUUGUUAAAUUUCUAGAAACAGAGUCUCACCCGUCUAUUCCACCACCAAAGCUUUCUGUUCAUGACAUGAAACCUCUGGAUUCUCCAGGAAGGAGGAAACUAGAUGCAAAUGUACCCCUAAGUUUUAAAGAUGGCGCAGCGUCCAGGACUGGAAGAAGAGCAGAUGUGAGCCCUUUCCUGGCUCCCCGCUCCGCAGCGGUUCCUCUCAUUGACCCCGCUGGGCUUGGACCCGGAGGGUCAGGCCAUCCUCUCCUGAAGCCCAUCUCAGAUGUUCUGCCCACCUUUACACCCUUGCCAGUGUCGCCUGACAACAGCGCUGGUGUUGUGCUGAAAGACCUGUUAAAGCAGUAGGCGAUUCCCAAGCCCCAGACUACAGAGCACUUUAAGGAAAACAUGAACACUAUGUAUAUGUAUGUUAUCACAAAGUGGCCUUUCCGAAGAAGUCAUGCAUUUGUUUGCAAUUGUAAUUUCUCUAAAUUUAAUAAAGAUAUUCUUAAUGCUUUUAGAAAUUGCAG